CUUUCCCCAGCUUUCCCCAGCUGACCCCUGUGAUUGUCAGCACUAGAAAGUCUACGUAGUGACUCCCUUUCCACGAGCCACACUUUGCGGACAGUCCAGCGCAGCUAAGAGCAUCGCUACCGAGCUCCGUCACCACAGGCGGCGAGUCGCAGGCGAGUCGCAGGCGAGUCGCAAGGCCCGUCACGCAUCCUCCGUCGCUGCGACAUCGCGACUCCCUCUAUCUCCCUCCACCACCCUCCACCACCCUCCACCACCCUCCACCACCCUCCACCACCCUCCUCACCGUCCGCCCAUCGUUCCGCGUUAGCGAUCGCCAUGGCUGUGCGUGUCUCAAGGUUCUCCUUCGCAAGCGGCGCGCUCCCGCUCGUGCUGCUCGCCGUGAGCCUCUUUACAGCGCACCUCGCGCCUCGUGCGGUCGCCGAGAGACCCUUCCCCGCUAAAGUCACAUCGUCCGAAGAGAGCGCCUCGGCACCCGUUACAAGCACAUCGUCCUUCGUCGCGAGCGUGCGGCGGCAGCUGGCGUUCGAGCGAAUCAGCUGCGGCCGCUCGCGGCUCAAAGGGUACACGUCGACCAAGCGACUCACGGGCGGUCUCACUCUGCACUGGAAGGCCACUAAGGGGAGGACCAUCAAGGUCGCUGUGGUGGCUUCGGGCACGCCCGCAGGAGGGUGGUUCGCAGUGGGGUGGUCGCCCAAGGGCAAGAUGGACGGCAGCAACACAGUGGCCAUGGAGGACUCUGCAAAUCCCCCUGCCGUGUAUGAUCUCGAAGGCACCUCUGCUGCGAACGCUGCAACCUGGACCGUUGGAUCGCCGUCGAUCUCGACUGCUGGGGGCAAGGUUACGAUGAAGUUUACGAAGAACAAGGGCGAUGGGGCGUCUGUGAAAGUCAGGGCGGACAACAACAACAAGAUUGUGUGGGCGUAUGGCGAUGGCAACACUGUGUCCGCGCACACCAAUCGUGGGAGCACGGUCGUGAAUUUUGCAUGCGGGUGCCCACUUUUCAGCAACACCUGCUAAGAAAACAAUGCAAUGGUAGAGCAACGCAGCAUGUAAAAAUGGCCUUCUGCUUGGUUUAUGCAUGGAGAUUUACUGGAUGGGAUGCGAUGUAUGUGUUUUAGCAUACUACCUCAGUUGUGUACAAAGGUCUGUAUUUUAGGAGCAUCACUCAGCAACCCAUCAUUAACGCUUCGGGUACAGUUACUAUUUCAGGUCAGGUGUCCUGAUGGCUUAUCAGAAGGUUCACCUGCGGUGCGGCUGAUGCUCAGUUGGUAAUGUUGGUGGUGUUGUGCCAGAGCCCAACGGAAAUUUUAUCGAUUCUCGAAACCCCUUUGUAACGUCGUUAUUGAGAUUUGCCGCUCCUGAAUUCCAU